AUGGUACAACUGCGAUCGAAAAAGAGAACUUCUACACUGGACAUACCGGCAAGAUUCGGUUCUGACAGGAACAAGGAUCAGCUGCAGCCUACCUUCGCUGAGAAAGAGAGCCAUGUACUUAUGUUACGCUGUAAGGACCAGACAAAUUCCGGAUCGAAGAGCGUCUAUGAUUUGCCUUCGUGCUCUUCGGAUGAUAGCAAUUAUGUUUGCGUAGAACGAUCUGAUUUGGAAGAGAAACACAGUCAGUGCCGAAAGGCGGUGCUGAAUCUCAAGAAUGUCAAAGAUACUCCGGACAAAUCACCGAAGAGCCCUCACCUGAAACGCUCUCGACGAGAAUCUGGUGGUCCUCUCAUGUUAAGUGAAGCUCUUCAGUUAGCGUUCCCCUCAGAAGAAGCGAAGUCAGCUGAGGAUCAACGAAAUAUCGCAGACGAUGACGCUUCUUUGGAAAAAUCACUGAAGAGUGAUACAACUAUGAACAACGGUGGCCAGGUGAAGUAUAUACGAACUGAUACGCAACUAAAAGACACUGCUUCUGCUCUAACUACUCUGAACACUGUAUCAAAGAGCUCACGAUCACUCUCAAACGUUCCCGGAAACGAAACUUUGGACACAACAGUACCGCUGACCUCACCAAGGUCUUCCAUGGAAAACCAUAAUGCUAAGAACAACUCGAAAGAAGAACCAAUCUCUGAAAAACAACUUUGCAACAGAACUAACAAGCUGGCAGUCUCUCGCUCAAGUUCUACUCCGAAAAGACCGCUCACACCCAAAACUGCCAGAGAAAAUGCCACUCCAAAACGGCAAAGAAGUUUGAGAGAUCUUUCUUUUUUACCAGCUGUACUGGCCGCAUCACCAGUUUCCGCUUCGUCAGGACUAAUGCCAGAAGUAAAGUUGCGAAAUGUUCGAUUCUGCAACGAUAGUGCUAAUGAGGUCCAUAUUAUACCUGCUGUAAAUACAACACUUCCUUUCGCUGAGCAAAUGGCGAAAGAGCAGGAAGCGGAGACACAGGAACAGCGGAGUCAUGAUUUUAGGAAGGCAGUACUAGGCGAAGAUUUGGAAGACGAAAAUAUUAUACCAAAAUGCAGAAAGAUUGUGAUUGGUCAGCGAUACAUAGCCAUAGAUCGAUUCGUACGCAAAGAUGGGUGCAGGUAUCAUUUCCUCACGCAUGCUCACGUAGAUCACAUUGUGAACUUAAAUAAGUCAUGGAAAUCACCUAUUUAUUGCUCUGAAAUGACUGCUAAGAUUCUGCCAAUUGUUCUUGGAACCAAAGCUCCAUCCUCGAAAGUUUUGCGACCUUUGAAAGUAGGGGAAUCUCAUGUAAUCGAGCCAAAUCUUCUCGUCACUGUGCUGGAUUCUCAUCACUGCGUAGGAUCAGUUAUGUUCCUCUUUGAAGGCGCUUCUAUCCCUGGUGGAAGCGUUUUGUGCACUGGAGACUUUCGAGCGGACAGUGGGAUGUUGGCUCGUUUCGACGACGAUCCUUCUUUCAAGAAAUUGACUGAGACAUCUAUCUCAAAAAUUUACCUCGAUAACACUUAUCUCGAGUACAGCAAACCAACAUUUCCUGAAAGGACAGAAUCUGAAAAGAUGCUUAUAAGUGAGAUGGAGAAGCUUCAUGACUGCUCAAUUCUAAUACCAGUAUUCAAGUUAGGAAGAGAGGACAUUCUGGAGAAACUCAGUCAUCAUUUUUCAGAGCCGAUAACAACAAGCAGUGAAAGAUUGGCAAUUAGGAAAGUUUACGGGUUGAAGCAGGGUGAGUUUACUGACGGUGCAGAUACCAGUGCAAGGAUCCGUACAUCGCCUAGACAGGCAAAAAGUGUCUUUGCCGCACUUAAGAAAAUGACUCCUCCAGCUGUUGUAGUUGAUAUAUCACUUCGUGGAGAGUACACGGAGAUCUUGAAGGAAAAUCUCAUCACAGUUCCAUACUCGGAUCAUUCUUCUUGCGAAGAGAUCCGCGCUUUUCUAUCAAGAUUACGAUUUGGAGAAAUUAUACCUACCUGUGCGCAUAUGGAUGCAGGCGUCGCAGAGGAGUUGAUGAAAUUAUCGAGAGAACCGAUCCAUUCUCCAGUGCCGUGUUCAAUUGGUGGUGAUAUUCAGAAGGAUGUGGACGCGAGACCAACUGAACUGGGCGAAGCGGAAACGGUCACUGCGACUCCUCCAGGAGUAACGUUCGCCUAUGCCUCACUCCAGCCAGUGGAUAUGAAUGUGUUCCAAAUACAUGGACUAGAUCUGUUGGAGUUUUGUUCAUGUACAGAUCCUCGGAAGUUUGUCACGGAUCCCCCACCUUCAGGACCCAUACAGGUGAAAAUCCGCAACGUUUUUCCGCAUCUUAUAUGA